ACGGGAAUCUGCUUGUACUCGAUGGGGAGCGGCCAUUUUGAUUGUUGGAGUGGUUGGUUGGUUGUUUGGUUGGAAGGGUAUCGAAAGGUUGUCGUGAAGACUGAAGAGUUGUUGAGAGUGUUGAAGAGUUGAUUGAUGAUCUGGAUGAGGAUGGAGAGGAAAGAAACGACUUGAGGCCGAUGGGAGCAGAGUUUAUAUAGAUGUUGGACGGGCGAUCCAGAGUGAAGGGACUGAUCUAUGUGGUAUGGUAUGGUCUGCUCUGGUAUGGUACGUAUGGAUAGUACUCGGGCCUAAAGCGUAUGGUAUGAUGGGCCAACGGGGCAAGGAUAGGCGUCUGGGUGUAGAAACUCAAGCCUCAUCUUGGCGGUCGCGGGGGAGAGGGAGUGAGAUUUUUGGUGUUGUGAAGGGUGUGAGAGCAGGGACGAGAGAUCAGAGCAGAUCAGACAAGAGUCUCUAUUCUGGCCUCGACUCGAUUCUGACCAAGCCUAAGGGACCAAGUGAAUCAACUGAACGAACAAGGGCCAAAGGGAGGGGCCACUUCGGCUGCACGGGGAUCCGCAUUUUGGAACAUGCUCGUUGGACUAUGGCUUUCGGGAUGCGGCGAACGGUGAGUGCGAUUGAGUGGCAGUAUCGUCCUAUGCGUUUGUUGCAUGGGUUGCUAGGUUGCGUGCGUGCGUGCGUGGGAGGAAUAGUGUGUGUGAGAGAAACAGAGUGUGAGGUGAGGUUAGCUUAGCUCGGGUUGUUUGUAGUGGCGUCACCAGUGGAUAGUGGAUGAGUUAG